CAUCCUGUUGGUGUAAUAAAUCUGCUGCUGCUGACAGUACAUCAUUUAUUUGUGUUAUCCAGUGUGACUGAUUUGAAGGGGUUAUUAGAGGUUGAAUGGUGGUGUGGGCUGUAGAACAGGACGCUAAUUUGCAAACCUGAAUAAAUAGAUCAAAGAUGUCAAAGAUAGAAGAAAUGCUUGCACUUUUGCUUAGUGAAGCUCAUCCUUCUACCGCGACAACGUGCACAGUGUGCACAUUGCAACUGCAAAACAGAGAGGUGUGAAAACCUGAGGAGCUUUUCCUGUCCCACGCUCUUUCAAACACUCACCUGCUUCUGCUGCCGCCCUCAGAGCACAGGUUAGGAGGCAGCGACAUGGAGAGGGAGGGGAUGCUGGUCCGCUCCAUCUACUUCGGGAGAAUCGGGAGGGAGGCCACGGAGCGGCUGCUGGAGAGAUUUGGACACGACGGCAGCUUCUUGCUGAGAGACAGCGAGACCGUGCAGGGGGCCUAUUGCCUGUGUGUGAGGAAAGCGCCGUUUGUACACACAUACAGGCUCGUACGCUCGACCGAGGGCUGGUUCCUUCAGCAGGACCCAGGAGUCAGAAUGCAGAGUUUUGGGACUCUUGAAAGACUGAUAGAGAAUUACAGAAGGGGUUCAGGCUCUGAAGUCGGCGUAGCUCCUCUCACAGAACCGCUGGACAAAAGACACCUGCAAUACAACAGCUUUGGACAAGAGUUUUCGUACAUGGAAAUGUGAUUCAGCAGCAGCUCGGUCUACUGAGGUCACGUCUAUCAACUGUCAGACCAAUGUCGGCGAUCAGUCGGAAUAACAAGAUGGCGGAAACCAACGUUAGGUGGAACAAAAAGGGUCACGGCUCAUAUAUUUCUCUUCCUCCUCAUUUUGACAUGUAUUCUGUUAUUUAUCUGCUUGUGGGAGUCGGCCUUGAGUACAGCGAUCCAUUUGAUCUGUGCAGUUUGUCGGCAUGUUCUCAUCAAUUCAAAGCCACUGUGGCUGAACACAGGAAAUAUAGCAACGCCGGAAAGGCGGGUCACAAAAUGUAUAGCUCAUCAUGUGCAGAGGUGUCAAAAGUGUUCACAUUCAUUACUCAAGUAGAAGUAAAGAUACCAGAGUUAUUAAGAUAAAAGUAUUAAAGUACUGGUUUCAAAACUACUUAAAGUAUAAAAGUGAGGAAGGAAAAAAAUGUCCAUUAAGGACAGUCAGUCGGUCAGUCCGUUUUAAUCAGAUCACGUGACCUUCCGGGUGAUGGAUGCGCAUCGAGGUAUUUGUACUUCGCAACGAGGUAUUUGUACUUCGUUACUUGACACCUCUGCUCAUGUGGCUUCAUUAUUUUAUUGUUGCAAUGCCAGCUUCCUCUUAGUCAUCCUUGAAACCCCACCUACAUUUACAGGUGUUACAACGGGCUCCAACGUUGACUAUUGGGUCGAUUCGGACUAUUUAUUAGUGUGGUAUUCGGGUGAAAGUGAGCCGGUACCGGGGAAUGAAAUUACGACAGACGCACGGGCCUGUCGCCACAAGGCAAGCAAAACAAGCAACUGCUCGGGGCCCCGAGACAACGACUGGUUAAGAUUAGAAAGCAACGACAAACUGUGUGAGCGGCCCUUUGAUAGUCAAUGCAGUAAAGUGCAAUGACCCCUCAAGGGGCCCCUCUCAUGAUCUGUGCUGCUCAUUCAACCCGAGGCAUGGCUCGUCGUCAUGAGCGGAUGAGGACAGCUACUUCAAGCCUCUUUGGAAUUUAUUUUAAGUGUUUUACCUUUUCUGUUCCGUUCUACUGUUCUGUUCUAACUAUUCAGCCAAUAAAUAAAUACAUGCUGAAAUUAAGUGUUUGCAAGUUAUUCAUAAUCAAAAACAGAUACAGGUGGGUUAAAGAGUGAUACUAGAGUGAUAAGAAGUCCUAGUGAAUGCUUGAUGAGUAGACUAUAAUACGGUAAAUAAACAAAUAAACAAAUAAUAAAUAAUUAGGCAAAGUGAAAUUUUUGCGCGCACGCAUUAAACCUGUAUCAUAUACCACCAAGAAAUAAAAACUACUUUCACUUUCUUUUGGCUUGAAUCCUCAAUGAUGUGGUGCUCAAACAGGCUCCUGUCUAAAGUUCACCGUUGCUUCGUCAGUGCUUUUGCUGCUUUUCUGUCGUCGCCUGUCAAUUCAUUACAUUGUGAGUUGAUUUGAUGUGUUUAAGUCAGCUCGAAUAAAAGACUUGACUUUGGUGUAUCUAUGAAACGUCGUGAACCAGGAUCACUUCGUUAGGCCCAACCACUCGUUGUCUGAGCGGACAAAGUGAUCUCCCAUUUACACAAUGACAUCAGUGAACCGAAAUACGAUGAACUAGGGAGUGCUGAGCUGAACUUACUGCCUUGGUGCUAUUAACGUUAGCAGAUACACGAGACGGGGGAUUACAAGCAAAAGAGUGCACUGCCCAAAAUGUCAAACUUUAAUGGGUUGACUUCUAUAUUGUUUAUUUCACAUUUUGUUUCAUAGCGGUUUCAUGCUUUUUCUUUUUUUUUUAAACAUUGUAAUAAUGUUAUCCUUAUAAGUUUUUGCAUUUGUGAAAUAGUCAUAUGUUCAUCUAAAUGUUUCUCCUUUGCCCUUAUUGU